GGAUAUUUAGUAUCAACCUUAGAAAACAAAUCCACAACAAAUAAAAAAAUAGGCUAGUGGUAGCACCUAGCAACAAUGUUGAAAACCCAAACAGAUUGGCCAGAGCCAAUAAUCAGGGUUCAAUCUUUGUCUGAAGGAUGCAAAGAUUCAAUCCCUGAAAGAUACAUCAAGCCACCAAUUGAUAGGCCAUUUGUACAAAACUCUUGUUAUGAUGGAAUCAACAAUAUUCCAAUUAUAGACCUUGGAGGUUUGAAUGGUGAUGACCUUGAUGUUAGAGGUUCAAUCCUUAAGAAAAUCUCUGAGGCUUGUCGUGAGUGGGGUUUUUUCCAAAUUGUUAACCAUGGUGUAAGCCAUGAUUUGAUGGACAAAGCUAGGGAAACUUGGCGUGAAUUCUUUCACUUGCCUAUGGAAGUGAAGCAACAAUAUGCAAACUCACCAAAGACUUAUGAAGGGUAUGGUAGUAGACUUGGUAUUGAAAAAGGUGCUAUUCUUGAUUGGAGUGAUUACUACUUUUUGCACUAUUCUCCCUUCUCUCUUAAGGACUACAACAAAUGGCCUUCUUCUCCUCCAUCUUGCAGAGAAGUGUUUGAUGAGUAUGGAAGAGAGCUAGUGAAGCUAUGUGGGAGAUUAAUGAAGGUUCUAUCAAUAAACCUUGGAUUAGAAGAAGAAAAACUUAAAAAUGCAUUUGGGGAUGAAAUAGGGGCAUGCAUGAGAAUAAAUUUUUAUCCAAAGUGUCCAAGGCCAGAAUUGACAUUAGGACUAUCAUCACACUCUGAUCCAGGAGGGAUGACUAUGUUGCUUCCAGAUGAUCAAGUAGCUGGCCUUCAAGUACGAAAAUUUCAUCAUUGGAUUACUGUUAAUCCUGCUCCAUAUGCCUUCAUUGUCAACAUUGGUGACCAAAUACAGGUUCUAAGCAAUGCAACAUACAAGAGUGUGGAGCACCGAGUAAUCGUGAAUUCAGAUAAAGAGAGAGUUUCCCUUGCAUUCUUCUACAACCCCAAAAGUGAUAUACCAAUUGAGCCACUAAAAGACCUUUUAACCCCCGAAAGGCCCGCACUAUACCCACCAAUGACCUUCGAUGAAUACAGGCUCUUCAUUAGAAUGAGAGGCCCUUGUGGCAAAUCUCAAGUCGAAUCUAUGAAGUCUCCCAUAUAAUAUAUAAUCAUCAUCAUCAUUAUUCCCUAAGUAAAAUUGAAUUAAAAAAAUUGAUAGGUUUUAUCAAAAUUUUAAAUUAAAUAUAUCAAUUUUUUUAAUCAAUUUUUACUUAUAUUUAAGAUCGGAGAGAAUAUCUAUUUAAAUGGUUUAAAUUCAUCCAAUUACACAUUGAGCCAUAUAUAGAGUGAAGAUAUAUAUUUAAUUUAUUGAUAUAGGAAAAGCUAUUUUCUUCUUAGGCUUCAAAUAAUAAUAUGGCUAAAUAUGAACGGACCACAUAUAUUAUAAUUUUCCUUGCCUCCCACUUCCCAAUCCACGAUUAUGGUGAUGAUGAAGUGCAUACUAGUUUAUUACCACGAUAUUAAAUACUCAAAGAAUAUAGGGAAUGCUUGAUAAAAUCUCCUUUUUAAAUUAUAUUGUGUACGAUUCAUAAAAAAAAAAUUGUGUACUACAAAAGUAAUAAUUAUUGAAUUUCACUCCUUUCCUUUCCCACUUGUGUACUACUAUUGCUGUUCUGAAAAAAUUCCAAGUUAUUCUCUUUUUGAUUUAUAUUUUA